GUUGUUAAUAGUUGUUGUUGUUUUGACGCCGAAGAAUCAGCACGUCGGGACACGGCUGCUUAAAAGAUAUUAUUAAUUACGAGAAAAAGUGUAUGCAAAGGCGACAAAACGCUAGAUAAGAGGCCAUUAAGCAUUAUCUUAGCGUGGAAAGCAAACACGGUCCCGCGAUUAGAUAGAAAUUAUAUCAAAAUAAAGUCGACUAAAAUGUGCUGCAGCAACAGAAGCCAUCAAUGUCGCCGCGUGCAAAAAAAGCAAAAUAAAUAAAAUAAGAAAUUUACAAAGAAAAAGAGUAUGAAAGCAAAGUGCCAGGUGCCAGCGUCCGCAUCGUUUGUUUGUCUCUCAUGUCUGCGCUUCGUGUCGCGUGUUUGUGUGCGUGUCAGAGUAUUUGAUAGUGGUAGCUGCGGUAACUGUGUGCGUGUGUGUGAGCUCUUGUAAAUGCACCUGCCAGCCUGCCUUGGAGAACUUGCAGCCCCACGCCUCGCGCCGCCCCAAGUUCAGACUGCAACAUCAACAAGAAAUUUCGCUGACCAGCGCCGCGUGUGUUUGUAUGAAAAUGUCAUUGUCAGUGGCGACGCUGACGCUGACGUCGCUGUUGAAUAAAGAUAAAAGAUAAAAAUAAAAUCAAAUAAGAGUGAAUCAAAACGACGUCGUCAGUACGUGUGUGCGUGAGUAAGUGUGUAUAAGAGAGCAGAGAGCGCGCUUCAUUAAUCCGUCUAGCUGUUGUUACUGCUAUUACUAAAGCUGACGUUGACGUCGACGUCUUAGACCGCAGCAGCAUCGAACACACAGUUGCCAUUCGAUUUAACGUCCAGCCCACAUUCAAAUUUCUGUGCCUGCAACAAGGUAGAAAAAAAGUAAACGAGUUUUUAAACUAUUCCUGCAACAAUUGCUUCCAAAUCAACUAAAAAUUGCCAAAAAAAAUAAAUUAGAAAAAGAAAGAAAGCCGAAUUGUAGAUUCAACUGCCAAAUAUAGCGAAACUUCCGAAAUGUGGACUACGAAAACAACACUAAUUGCCUCGUAAAUAAGUUGGAACACCAUAUUAUACACACAUAGAUAUAUAUAUCAGAGAGAGAAAGAGAGAUCAUAGAACGCCAUGGAUGCUCCAGAUGCUGGCCGCAUUAUACGUGCACCUGCGCGACGCAAACGCAACGAUGAACAGCUAAUGGACAGGAUAAAACUCAAAAGGGUCUUGGGUCUAACUGUUUGCAGCAAUGCGGCACUCGAUGUGUCGCCAGUCAGUGGUCUGCUGGCCUAUCCUGCAGGCUGCACUGUGGUCCUGUUCAAUGCCAAGCGUCAUACACAGGCCUAUCUGGUCAAUACCUCCCGCAAAGCAUUCACAUCAGUUGCCUUCUCGCGCUGCGGUCGCUAUGUGGCCACCGGCGAGUGCGGCAUCAAUCCUGCCAUCAAAGUUUGGGAACUAGAGACGCCCAAUGGCAAUCUGGAGCACUGCAGCGGCGGCACAGUUAUUGCCGAGUUCGUAGAUCACAAAUACGCCGUGACCUGUGUGGCAUUCUCGCCCACGGGCAAGUACCUGGUGUCGGUGGGCUCGCAGCACGACAUGAUUGUCAAUGUGUUCGAUUGGCGCGCCAAUCUUAAAAUGGCAUCCAACAAGAUUAGCUCCAAGGUGGCAGCAGUAUGUUUUGCCGAAGAUGGCAGCUACUUUGUCACCGUGGGCAAUCGUCAUGUCAAAUACUGGUACUUGGAGGGUGGACGCAAGUACAAAGAUCCAAUUCCACUUAUGGGACGCAGUGCUAUUUUGGGCGAUCUGCGCGACAAUGAUUUCUGUGCCGUCGCCUGCGGCAAGGGCAUCUGCUCGGAGAGCACCUAUGCCAUUACACGGCAGGGUCACCUGGUGGAGUUCAGCUCGAGACGGCUGCUCGACAAGUGGGUGCAAUGCCGCACCAGCAAUGCCAAUUGCAUUUGCGUCAACGAACGCUUCAUACUUGUUGGCUGUGCCGAGUCCAUCAUACGCAUCUUCAAUGCCUCCACUUUGGAGUAUGUGACGACGCUGCCCAGAACACAUUACCUGGGCGUAGACGUUUCCCAGGGUAUACAGAUCAAUCAUAUUAUGUCUGUGCCCCAGCAAGCCAAGUUCCCAGAUUGUAUUGCCAUGGUUUUUGACGAGCAGCGCUCCAAGGUCAGCUGCGUCUACAACGAUCACUCGCUCUACAUUUGGGAUCUGCGCGACAUAUCGCGAGUGGGCAAAUCCCACUCAUUCCUUUAUCAUUCCACGUGCAUUUGGGGCGUGGAGACUGUGCCAUAUAAUGUGGAGCGUGAAUCUUCGCAAACAUUGCCAGAGGACUGUUUCGUCACAUGCUCGUCGGACGACACGAUUCGUGUGUGGGGCUUAGACAGUUGUGCCAACAAUGAGAUAUAUCGCAAAAACAUAUAUUCCAAAGAGUUACUCAAGAUCAUCUACAGCGACGAGGACUUGCAGUACAUCAAAGACCAGGGCUCGUCGCUCUUCGACAAGGUGGGCAACUCGAGCUAUGACGGCCGCAAUGGCGUGCGCUGCAUUAAGAUUAGUCCUGAGCUCCAGCACUUGGCAAGCGGCGAUCGAUGUGGCAACAUACGGGUCUACAGUCUGCACAAUCUGAAGCUCUUGACCACCAUAGAGGCGCAUGAGUCAGAAGUGCUGUGCCUGGAGUACUCAAAUGAAAAGAUCGAGCGCAAGCUGCUGGCCAGUGCCAGUCGCGAUCGUUUGAUUCACGUCUUCGAUGUGUCGCAAAACUAUUUGUUGCUUCAGACAUUGGAUGACCACAGCUCAUCGAUCACUUCCAUCAAAUUUGUAGGCUCUGGUCUAAACUUUCAAAUGAUCAGCUGCGGCGCCGACAAGUCUAUAAUGUUUAGAAGCUUUCAGGGCAACAUCUUCAUGCGCGGCACCAACACCUCUGGCAAGACAACGCUAUACGACAUGGAAGUCGAUUCGAAUGCCAAACAUAUUCUGACUGCUUGUCAAGAUCGCAACGUGCGCGUCUAUGGCACGCAGAAUGCGAAGCAAACAAAAACCUUUAAAGGCUCCCACUCGGACGAGGGCAGUUUGAUCAAGCUAAGCCUCGAUCCCAGCGGCAUUUACGUGGCCACCUCCUGCACGGACAAGACGCUCGCCGUCUAUGACUACUACUCCAGCGAGUGCAUGGCGCGCAUGUACGGCCACAGCGAACUGGUGACGGGCCUCAAGUUCACCAAUGACUGUCGCCAUCUGAUUUCGGCCAGUGGCGAUGGCUGCAUCUUCAUUUGGCAGGUGCCGCACGACAUGAUUGUCACAAUGCAGGCGCGCAUGUCCCAGCAACGCUUGCGCUCGGGCAUUGCGCCCUUGCAGCGUCCAUUGGCGCCAAUUUCGCCGCCCGAUGCCAUCGUGGUGGAGUCACCCAGCAGCGAGCUUGAGCACCAACAGCUGCCGCCCAAGUUUGUAGUGGCUGAGGAACAGCAAGCCAAUCGCCAUGCGUAUCGACUGUCCGACGUGGGUCAGCUGCCACAGUGGGCUAUGCGUAAGGCGGCCGAUUCGGAUAGCGGCGCUCUGUCCAUACCCACGCCUAUCAAUAGCGCCUUGUCAUCUGCGACCAUGCAUGCAGCCUCGUCCAUGGGCAACUUGAGCUCGUCGCCUAGUCAACAGCUGGGCGUGGCAGCGCCACGCGCACGUGGGCGUUGGGCGCAGCGCAGCAGCCAAGCUCUGGAAACAGAGGAUAUGCGCUCCAACUCGGAGAGUCCACUGGGCACUGUGUCUUCCGUUGGCGGUCAUAAUAUACCAACCUCCGACUACAAUAGCGCCUCCAGCAAGGACAUCAUGUACAAUCAGACGUAUUUAAGCGAAGACUCAUCAAUUGACUCGGGCAUGGAGACGCGACGAGAGCUGAAGUUCAUUGGCAGCAACAAUAAUGGCACAAUCUCCAACAUCUCAACUAUUACCUCCAGCACAAAUACUCCGACUGCUGGCAGCGUUGCUCAACAGCGGCUGCAGCUCGACAAGCGCAAGCCUGGCAUGCGCUUCGAUACGCACAGCCACGAUCAUGACGGCGAUAUCGAGGAUAUAUCAGAUGGGGAACGCACCAGCUCGGAUCAUGGCAUGUUCUACAAUAAUAUGGCACCCAGCACGCCAACUGACUUCAAGGUGACCGCCAUGAAUGAGGAAGAGCUGCGUAAAUCGGUGCGUCGACAGAAGUUUGAGAAAUCCGGCCUACAAUUGACCACGGUGGCCAGUGGCAAUGGCAGCACCCACACGGCGAGCACUGGCACAGGAACUGGCACAUCGGAUACUGAGGAUGAGGGCUCAACGCCCAGUGCGGAAAAUGCAGAGCGCUCGUUGGCCUCGACGCUGGGCGGCAGCUCGGAGAACCUGCCGCAAACCAGCAACAGCUUUCUACACGCGGCGCUGCCCGAGGGUCCUGGCACGUUGCUAGAGCGCGGCACAAGCAGUCGUCGCAGCAUCAGCGCCAAGCAUAACAAUGAAAACGGAAAGGUCUCAGCACCGCCUACCAUUACGAAGUCAUACACGAGCACCAAGAAAGAGGAACUGCUGCAGGUCAUCAACAAGGUCAAACAGCAGCUGGAGAAUGUGGGCCAUAGACCACUGCGUGGCAGCCAUAGCAUAUCAGAUCUAAGCCUAGCGGCAAACUUCGACGGCUCACGCAGUACGGGAGCCUCGCGCUAUACGAAGCCAGGUAAUCCCAAAUUGCUCAAUCCCAUACCCAUUGAGGAGUCGUCCAUUCGUCGCGCCUGCUCGCUGAGUGAUCUGCAUAUGGGAAACUUUGGCAAGCCCAGCAAAGCCAAUGGCACGCCUCAAAAGCCAGUGGCUCAGCAUCGCAAUGGCAACGUGACUCGUUCGGCCAGCAAACGCAACAGUCUGCAGGGCAAAUCAGCCCUGGGCGCGUCCAGCAACUCCAUGAAUGUGCUCAAUCUUGUCAGUGAUUCGGAGCCAGAGGACCUCAAUCGAUUGCGCAGCGCGAGCAGUGGGCAAGGUCGGACCAGUGGAGCCAUUGCUACCUCUCGACAGUACAGCAACAAAAACCCCAACGCCAACAGCAAUCGACGCAAAGCUCCAAGUUUCAACAGUGGCACCAAUAUGCAAGACGACUCCAGCUCGGAGGAGACACCCAAUGUCGCAGCAGGCAAUAAGCCUGUGGUGCCGCCCAGGCCUCGCAAUCUGGGCUUCGAUCACAAGAGCAAAGUAAACAGCAACGCGUCCAAUGCUGGAGCGGGCAAGCAGCGGGCUGGCGGACUCGAUGACUACGAAGCUGCUGAAUCUGAGGCCCUGGUGCACAAUGUGAUCAACAAGCUGUACACGACGACGCAGUCGGCAAUGCAGCUGCACGCGAAUCUGAAGAACUCGUUGCUACUAAAGGAAUUGGAAAACGCUGUGAUUAUGUCCCGCAAUAUGCUUGGCAGUAUAACUCACAAUCGACAAAACGAGAAAUCGCCCUCAGGACCAAGCUAUAAUAUUGGUGGGGCAGGUGGAGCAGAUAUUGGAGAACUUAACAAUCGUGAACAGAUAUCAGGAACAGGCAAUCUGGAGAAUGGCGAUUAUCUUAUGAUGGUCAAUAACUGUGCCGAUCUAUUGAGCAAUUUACGCACUAAGCACAAACCCGACGACUGUGAGAAUAACUCCUAGUGUGUAGCGUUUAUAUUAGGUUAAUGAUAAUAACAAAUGACAAAUGACACGAGCAAACAAACUAAAUGGAUUAAAACAGAACUAAUAUUUAUUAAAUUUAAACACUUCAAAACAAAAACAAAAACACUAAAACUGGCAAAUGGCAAA